UGUGGCGCGGGGGCGGGGCCUGCUCCCGCAGCGCUCCGAUGGCGGUGAGCCGGGCGCUCGGCCUGCGCUUGGCCUACGCGGCGGCCGGGGCCCUCACGGGGCUCUCGGUGUUCUUCACCUGGAGCCUGGCGCCGGCCCUGCGGCAGCCCGCCACGGCGGCGGCGGGCGGGCUCUCGGGUGUUCUGGCGCUCUGGGCCCUAAUCACGCAUGUGAUGUAUGUGCAGGAUUACUGGAGGACCUGGUUAAAAGGGCUGAGGUUCUUCCUCUUCAUCGGGAUCCUCUUCUCAGCUCUCUCCGUGGUGGGAUUCUGCACUUUCCUUGUUCUGGCCAUCACCAAGCACCAGUCCCUGACUGAUCCCAAAAGCUACUACCUGUCGUCCGUCUGGAGUUUCAUGUCCUUGAAAUGGGCCUUCCUGCUCAGUUUGUACGCUCACCGCUACAGGAAUGAGUUUGCAGACAUCAGUAUCCUCAGUGACUUCUAACACUUGGACUUCAAAGCUGUGGGAAGGUGCUGGAGGUUUGAGGUGCCCCCCAAAAGGCAUGGUACAUGCAGGAGAUGUACGAGAGGCAGAGAAGGAGCCCACCCAGUGCUGCUUGGUUUGUCUGUCUGCAGUAGGGGUUUUUCCUAGUUGCUUUUACUCAACCAUUUCAAGUGUGGCUGCUGCUGUCCCUCCAUCUGUAACUUCCCUGGAGUCCCUGGGGCUGGUGGGGACGGGAGAGACUCCACAUGCUUCAACACAGCAGGUCUAGAUCCACUCUUUGCAUUGCCCUCAAGUUCAGGACAUCCUGGGCGCCUCCAGGAGCUGUAGGUUCAUACCUCAUGGAUGCAGCACCCACCACCUUGUCCUCAUGGGUGCAUCACCAGCGUGCUUCAGGUGGGUGCCCCGGGGUGGGGGGGGUGUAGCAAAGCACCCUGCUGUGUGGAAGUCAGCUCCUUUUGCACUGCUCUGCCCCUCCAAGAGAAAGGAGAGAUGAGCCUUUCCAUGAGGCAGGAAGUCCCUUUGUACCUUCCAGCCAAUGCAUCUCCCAGCAGGUUCUUCUCACACGUUGUAGGCAAGGUCAGCUCGUUCCUGUGGUCUGGAUGAGCCCAAAGGGACGGGCCAGCAGCAGAGAAGCACCCAGGCUCUGUCAGAGAUGGGGAAUGUUGUUUCUGGCUGCUCUCCAGGAUCAUUUUAAAAGGGAAUAUAAGGGCAUAUUUAACACUGGGAUGUGUAGCAUUUAGAAUCAGGUGUUUGGGUGUAAGACGUGCUGGGCAAAGGCUCACCUCAACCUCUGAGAUAGAUGAUUCUGCUUAAGGAAGAAAACCUGUGUUUCCUUUGCUUUGCUUUUCUUUGUUUCCCUGGAGCAGGAUGGGAGAGGGGAGGAUCAUGGUGCUCAGCAAUCAGAAAGGUCUCCAGAGCCAGCUUCCAGCACCCUUCAGAGCCACAGCAUCACGCAGCCAUGGAUGAACUGCUCUUGUGCAGUGAGUUAAGGGGUGACACGUCCACACUCAUGGGCUGGAAGCAGCAGGGCAUGACUGGCACAUCUCUGCAGCUCAGCCGUGUGUGGCACUGCCCCGACAGCCUAAAACCCACUGGGUUUGGUGACCUCUUUAUCCCUGUGGUUUGCUCUUCUGAAGCCUUCAAGCAUUUCCAUCCUAAGUGUGUGCUCCAGAGCAGCUAAAAGGCUGUGGGCUGCUGCUCCUGCACAUCCAGGCUGGUGUUUUGCUGUGUUGGGCUGAUGCUGCUGGCAGCUGGGAACUGGAAACAGCCAUUUCCAUGGAUAAUUCUAGAGGUGGGUGAGAGGAGAGGCAGGAGAAGCCCCUUCCCUUGCAGACUGAUGGAAGAUGAACAAGGCUGGUGCUGGAAAGAGCCUCCCAGACACACUCGUGCUGCUGGAGCCUUCCCUGAAGUGCCUCCAUGGCAGGGGAUGGGUGAUGGGACCUGCUCAGGGUGUUGUGGCAAGUGAGGUGUGAGUGGAAGGUCCUCCGUGCUCUGUCAGCCCAGCUUUCAUAUGCAAUCUGGAGAGGAGUAUUGGCUUGUCCUUUCUGUCACCUUGUCCUCGUGGUGUGCUCCACCUUAUUAGGUGGGUUUGAACCCCUCUGCUCACUCACAGGCUCCAUCCUCACCUUCACUGGUCGCCUUUGGAAGAGGAGUGGUUCAAGCCCCCUCAGUUGAGCUGUUGAGGGGAUGUUGGAGGUGUCAGCAGCACAGCUUGGUGAUGCUCUCCUGUUUCUUGGGUAGGAAGAUCCUCAAGUAGAGGGAGGAACAUCUUUGGGUCGAUGUGUAAGCUGAGGGGACCCAGGCAAAGGCUGGGGUGUGAAAUGAUUGAUUGCUUAUUAACACUCAGGCUUUUCAAUACUGAAGUCUCCCUUUCUGCUGCAGCCUGGAUGCAAAGGGUUGGAUGCAGGGAUGGAGCUGCUCAUCUCACUCCUCUGCCCAAAGCUCUGGAGCUGGCAAGUGGUUUUAGCAUUGGUCGUGUCAAUGAACCAGCUCUUGGUGCCCCAAAUCCACUGUGGCUGUGCUGAAAACUGGCUUCUGGUGUCCCUGGGAUGCAGAAUUCCCAGCACUGGUGAGGCUGAUGGAGCUCUGCUGCUGCCUUACAGCCAAACAUCCCCAAACCUCACGUCUGGCACCAUGUAGCACCUCAGCAGCUCCUUUUUGGGUGAAAUUCCCCCAAAUCCCUUUAUCCCGGAGGUUUUUAAAGUGUAUUUCUGUGGCUGUACCUUCGCCUACGAACAGCUCAUGGAAUUAUCCCCUUUCUCCUCUGAUUUAGCUCUGGAAUUUCAGCUCAGCUUUUUAAAUGAUGGGGUCUGUAAAUAUAUAAUAUAUUUUUACAUGGUUUCUGCUUCCUUUGCACGCUUGCUCCUGCGGUGGGGUGCUCUCGGGCACAGGGGGGGUCAUCUGUGUGUAUCCCAGUGUCUCCUUGUACUAAACCACACUAGAACUUGUAUGUGACACCACGGUAAGAGCAGAAAUACAGUCGUCUUUCUCACCAAA